GCAAGCCUUGUGCACAUUACAUUGCCUACUGAGCAGGUGGACUCAAUGCAAACCUCUGGAUUUCUCAUUCUAGAAAGUGUCAGGAGUCUUGAAGGAACAGCUCUGAAUUCUUCCUACUGUGCAUUUACACAGUCUGGACUGUGAUGCCAGGAAUGUGUAAGUCACUGUCUCAUCUACUUUGGCUUCUAUUUUAAAACAGUUUUAAUGAGUUUAGGAAGUGUGGGGAAUGAAAAAGGAACAGAUGAAAUAGAGUCACAUAAAGGAUCACAGAGGGUGCUAAGAAGAUCCACAGGCACCAAUGAAGCAAAAAGGAUCAUAAGAGAUGACCUCUACCAUCUAGCCCUCAGAAUGUGAAGACUUAAAGGGCUGACCAGAAUACAAGAUAAGCACCUUUAACUCUACCUUGUGCUUCACCACAGUCUCACAAUGAGCCCUGAAAACUGCCUGCUGAUUGACUAUGAAGGGGACAACUUUGCCCUCAGCAGCUCCUGUUUCAACCAAAGCUCCAACCACUCAGCUGAAGACUGGUUCUACCCAGGGGUCACCUAUGCCAUAGCUCCUGUGUAUGGGCUCAUCAUCCUUGUAGGACUUGUUGGAAAUGUGACUUUGAUCAAGAUUUUCUGCACUGUAAAGUCCAUGAGAAAUGUCCCCAAUCUCUUCAUCUCCAGCCUGGCUUUGGGGGAUCUGCUGUUGUUGGUCACUUGUGCCCCUGUGGAUGCCAGCAGGUACCUGGCAGAUAAGUGGUUGUUUGGCAGGGUGGGCUGCAAGCUCAUCCCAUUCAUACAGCUUACAUCUGUAGGGGUAUCAGUGUUUACCCUAACUGCCCUCUCAGCUGACAGGUAUACAGCAAUAGUAAAACCCAUGGACAUUCAAGCCAACAAUGCAUUGACCAAGAUUUGUAUCAAAGCUGCUCUCAUCUGGAUAUUAUCUAUGACCCUGGCAAUCCCAGAAGCUGUUUUCUCGGACUUACAUCCAUUCUACGACAAAGAAAGCAACAAAACCUUUGUCAGCUGUGCCCCCUAUCCACACUCCGAUGGACUUCACCCAAGGAUACACUCAAUGACUUCCUUCUUGAUCUUCUAUGUUAUCCCCCUAUCUAUCAUUUCAGUGUAUUAUUAUUUUAUUGCCAAAAAUCUUAUUCGGAGUGCAUACAAUAUGCCAGUGGAAGGAAACGUACAUGUUAGGAGACAGAUUGAAUCUCGAAAACGGCUUGCUAAAACAGUCUUGGUUUUUGUUGGACUCUUUGCCUUUUGCUGGCUUCCCAACCAUGUGAUUUAUUUAUAUCGCUCCUACCAUUAUUCAGAAGUGGACACAUCUGUAUUGCAUUACAUUACCAGCAUCUGUGCUCGGGUAUUAGCCUUUACCAAUUCCUGCGUGAAUCCAUUUGCUCUGUACUUGCUCAGCAAGAGUUUUAGGAAACAGUUCAACAACCAGUUGUUCUGUUGCAGACCAAGACUCAUCGUGAGGUCUCAGAGCAUGGGAAGAAGUACCACCAGAAUGACCUCGCUUAAAAGCACCAACCAUUCCAUGGCAAGUUUCAGUCUGAUCAAUGGCAAAAACAUCUGUCAUGAAGGUUGUGUAUAAAGAAGUCCCCUGGACAUUUAUAAAUGUUACUUUUCAGGGAUUGUUAAUCAGUAUCUGUAUAUAGUACAAAAGUUACGGUGGGAGACCAAAAGUUACGACUGGUAUAGUCAACUUAUCAUGUUCCAGCUACAAUUUUUCAACAGAAAACUAGUAAAUGAGAGGAAUUCCUUCCAGAUGUGGCAUCUUUGUCUAUAUGUCAAAGGCAACAACAAUACACCAUGACCUGGAUAUAAACCAGGUCUUUCUUCCAUUGGAAUUUUUUGGAGAACAUUAGCUGGAUCAUAGUAGGUUGGUUAUCUCUUAUGUAUAAAGUCCUCUUACCCAUGCUGCUAAUAGAUGAAGAGGAAAACUUUAUCCGAUGUGAAUUUAUUUAAGAAAAAUGCAAGGGGAAUGGUUAAAUUCUCUUAUUUCAUAACUCUUAUAGAACCUUCAUGUUGGACCUUAUCCUAGAGUCCCAAGUUAGAAUGGGCUACAGAGGCCUUAGAUGUGAACAUGACCUCCUUCCCCUUUCAGCACAUUACUAGUCAGACGGUUGAAAUGGACAAUAUACUGAACUUUCCUAUUGAGGGAUAAUGUCCUUUCCAUGUAUGUAAAUAAUUUCAUGAUAUUACAUAGGUAUUAAUAAGUAUUUAUUUUCUGCAUAUAGUUAAGUUAUACAGAGUGUUGUUUACUGGCACUAAAGCCAUUGUUUGAACUCUAGCUUGAAAAAUAAAACAUGAAUGAAUGUGAUAUCCAACAGGAAGCAAUGUACUAUACUGAGGCAGGUAUCAAACAAGCACAAAAGCUAUAUUAUAAUUGUAUAAAGAUAUUAUACAUGAAGGGCAUAUACUGUGCUAGCCAGGAUUUAGUGCAACAUAAAAGAAAUUUAAAAAAAAAAUCUAUAUGAAUAAAAAAAAAUAAUCUGACUUAAAAAUGCCUAAAAGCUGAAAGCCCCAUCUAUCUACCUUAGUUGUUGGUAAACUGAGAACUGCAGCAUACAUUAAAUGAUGAGGUCAUGUUAGGACACCAGAAUUAUACAGGUCAGAAGGUGAUCUUUUUGCCUUAGUACAUUGCUUCCACUGUAAUUUAAUAUAUAUUUUUUAAAGAAAAUACGAAAAUAAAACAGUUCCUACAAACACUUCAUGUGACUUUUACAAAUGUAGUAGAUAAUUAGGAUUAAAAUGUUGUUUUUCUAGUAUCAAGUAGCGCAAACAAAUCCAGUUUGCUUAUGUACGCUUUUGAGGUGAAGAGAAAAUGUAUGGUGAAAUUUAGGGGUGGUACAGGAUUAAAAACCAAUUGUUACUAUAGAUAAGGUUCUCUUCUAAAGAUUCUCAUUUCAUGGCCAGAUGAGAGAGCAGCUACGAAGAGCAUCUGCGACUUUGGAGAACCUACCCGGUUUUGUAUUAUACAAACCAUUCAUGUGAAUUUGCACUAUGUAAUGCUUAAUUUCUCCAGUGGGGGUGCUACAGGAAUAUUGAACACUUUUGCAAUGUUCCCUGCUGAUUAAACCUGAUUGCUGGAGGUCACUGCAGGGGUACACUUUGUGAUCAGCUUGUCGAUGGAUCCUUCUAAGGGUGCAUUCACACUGAGGAAUUCAAGAGGAAUUCACGAGGAAUAAUUUUGGUCAGGAAAUUGUUGCCUUCUGUCAUUUUAUCCAUCAAGCGGAAUUCAAGCAGAAUUUCCAUAUGGAAAUGAAGAGGAAUGAAGUAGGAGGAUAUUUAAUCUACUUUUCUGAAUUCUGCUUGAAUUCCGCUCGAAUUCCGCAGUGUGAACAGGACAGCAGAUAAAACAUUAAAGUCAAUGGGCAGAGGACAUGUGCACUAAUUUGGAGAGGAGGAUUCAAAAGGAAUUUACUCGAGUAAACGCACCAUAACAAGGAGAGGGAGUAGGAAACAACUUUCACUCACUAGGAUCUGGUGACAUUACAGGUUUGUGUGGCACAAAGGAGAGCGUGGACAUAUAUUAAACUAAAUGAAAAUUGGACAAUUUUACUGAAAAAACAGUAUGCCAACACUUUCAAACAAAAUGAAUAAACUCACAGGUGCAUGCUCACAUAGAUACAGUUCCAAAUAUUUACUGUAUUCAGUCAUCCUAUAUCUUAGUGUUUACAGAGUGUUUCUGUCAUUUUUUGCUGCACAAUUUUUCUGACCAACAUAAAAAAAAGUGCCAGAUAUCAUCAGAAUAGCAGCAAUGGAGGAGUUGAGUACCCAUAUUUUUUUGAUUAAAGAAAAUCUGUCAUCAGUGUCACCUGCACUAACCUGUUGGUGUCUUCGGUAUCUUCAGCUACGGGCUCGACUUGGAGCAUGGGCGGAACAUAGGGACAUCACCGCUGCUGUUUGCUAGCAGCGGGGCCCAGCAGAGAACAGCAGCGGGGACAUCACUGAGCUCCACCCAUGCUCCAAGUCAGGUCUGUAGCUGAAGAUACUGAAGAGGAUAGAUGGAGAACCACAACACGGUACAGGACCAAGUAUCGUUGUCAUUAGUGUUACCUGCACUACUUGUCUGUUCCGACAGGUUAGGACAGGUGACACUGAUGACAGAUUUCCUUUAAUUAAAAAAAAAAAAAAAGACCAAAAAAAAAAAGAA